AUGUCUUUCUUAGCGGGUGCUGGUGGCAGGGGACCUACUAGAUCAAUAGCCCAUUACAUGAAUGGCCAUGGACUGUUCUGCGGAUGGCAUAGUUCGAUGAGCAAUGCCUCGUAUUCUGCUUUGUUGUUCGAAGCUGGAAAACCUAGUGUGAUGGCUUGUUCCAACAAAGUUUCGUCUGGGUGA